CAGACCCACUGUACUCUGACCUCGGAUCCUUCCUCAAUCCAGUUCCUUCUUUCAUUUUUCCAUUGCUUAAUUUCGGCAGCGAUGCCUCUAAAAUGUUAGCCAUAAACUUCCUUCUGCCUGGGGACAGCUCUGCGGCAGGGUCUCUGGCUCUCUGUGGCCUCCUCUGAGGGCUGGAGUGAACAUCGGGCGGCAUGGCAGGUCAGGGCUGCCACCUGAGAGCCUGCGAUAUUUAGGCACUUGGUGCCACAACAGGCCUGAUCAGGUGAACACAGCGUGUCAGCGGAGCCUGGGCGGAGCAGGCUCGGAAGCCUGCAGUGGUUUUCUCUGUGGGAAAUCAGAGCAGCUCGGGGGCAGCGCCAUGGAUUCCUGCCCAGUGGAGGAAGGCAUGGCUCUGGCCAUCCCCCCGCUGAGGCAGAGCGAGAAGUUCCAUCUGUUUGUUAGCUACAGCAGUGUGGACGCCGCCUGGACCCACAGGCUCAUCAGUCGCUUGGAAGCUGCCCACGCGGGGCUGAAAGUCUGCCUGCACCAGCGGGACUUCACCCCAGGCAGGAACGUCAUGGAGAACAUGGCAGACUGCAUCCAUCAGAGCCAGAAGGUGCUACUGGUGCUGAGUCAGGACUUCGUGCAGAGUAGAUGGUGCCUCCUGGAGGCCAACCUGUCGCUCUUUGGUUACUGCCUAGAGAGGAAGCCUGUCAUCCCUGUCCUGCUCCGGCCCUGCCAGGUCCCAUUGCACCUCAGCCACCUGACAUACCUGGAAGCCACCGACAGACACUUCUACAGCAAGGUGGUGCAGGUGCUGUGCACGCCCAACCAGCGCAUGGCGCGCUUCCUGCCGGGCCCGCGCCCGGUCCCUUCCCUCUACAGCGGCAAGACCCUGCUCACCCUGAACUGCAUCAACAGGGACAACCUGCCCUCAUGGAAGGUGGGGACCUUCAGCACCCUGGGCGUCCCAGACCCCUUGAAGGAGGUGUUGGAAGACCCUGAGGUGUACAAGCAAGCUGUGGGCAUCCUGAACGGGGUGCGGUCCCCCAGGUCCUGCCUCCGGUACCUGGGCUGCAGACUUACGCUUGGCAUCUUCCUCAUUCUUCUCUCCUUGACAUCGGCUUUCCUCAUUGUGGUUUGUGGAUUCCAGAACGACAAACCACGUUCAAUUUUCCUUGUAACGACCGUCAGUGUGUGUGUCAGCCUCCUCUUACUGGUCUUAGCAGUUAACAGCCUGUGCUGGUUCAGAAGGUUUUCAAAGAGAAAGAUGCGGGAGCUGGUCCUGAAGGUGGGGGAGGCCAACCUGCUCUUGGCUCCCCACUCAGUGCUGAUGGGCUGUGACACCAAGAACAAGGUCUACUUCGUGUACGUGCUGCUGGAGGACUGCAGGCAGGCCUUCCUCCAGGCCCCCGAGGGUGAGGCCCUGUUCCAGGAGGUCCUGCUGCGGUUCUCAUCCACCUACGCCUGCUGCCUCGUCCACUCAGACUUCCCCCUCUGCGAGGACGCCACAGGAGCUCAGGGCCACCUGGAGGUGGGCCUCUGCUUCUGCCAGUUCGUCUCUCUGCAGCUGAAGAGACCUGGGGGGUUUGGGGUGAACCCCGUGUGAUGGCAGCAGGGCCCCGGGGCUGCACCUUUUGUUGGAUGUCCAGCUGCCCCUCAUCUGGCCCUGAGGACGUGGAUGCAAUGAGGCCUGAAUGGUGCACACAGGUCUCUCACCUCUGUUUAGCUGUGCCAAGCGGGGCGGCCUGCGGGCCCCUGCACUGCCCAGAGGACCCCACAGCCUGCUCUGAGGGCAUAGGUGACCACUGUCAGCCCACCAGGCUUAGUGUCCUGCUCUGGCCUGACAGUUGGGGAGGGGGCUUUGGUCAAACUACCUGCAAGGAGGCCAAGGAAAGCAGUGGGCUCACUUCAGGACCCCUGAGAUUCCCUUAGGAACUGUCCUGUCCCUCUGGUGGGAACAGUCCCCGCCCCUCUCUGGGUGGCCGGUCAGUGUCCAGGGGGCCAGGGCAGAACACACUGGCUCCCUGGGCCCCCUCUGCGAGCAGGUCCUCCAGGCACCAGGUCCUCCAGGCACCUGCCCCUCACGCUGGGACACAGAAAUUGGGAACAGGCCAAACCCUAGGGAUUUGGGACAUUCACCCUCUGCCUCCUGGGCAACGACACACUUGCACACACACACGCACACACACACGCACACACACUUGCACACAC